AUGGAGCCCUGGCCGGGGGGCAGUCGCCACCGCGCACCAGCAACGAGCGCUGUCGCAGCCAGCGCGUCGCCCGCCGUGCCACUGCGCCGCCGUCUCGACUGCCCAUGCUGCAGACGCCGGGCGACAGCACAUCUCGUCGCGCACGCAGCAGCCAGACGACGGCAUCGCAGCGCUCCCGAGCGCUGGUGUCACUGCAGACCGCUGCAUGCUCGUGUCCAGGGCCGCCGUCGCAGUAAUUUACCAAUCUGCGCCGUCGUCCGCCCCCGGCCCUUAAGCGGACAGGCCGCCAAAAUUACGCCUUGGCGCCUGGCGCGGCCUGUUCCCCCCUACUGCGCCCGACUCACCUCUGUGCUUCCUCUUCGGGCCCACGAUAGCCCGUGGGCAGCUGCGUCUGUCCCAUUGAGGCCACCGGCGCUCCCCAGUCUCGGCCGCAAACGACCGUCUCGACGGCGGCCGGACGCUAAACCGCCCUACCACCCGGGCGAUCUGCUUUGA